AUUGGAAGACUGGCUCAUCCUUAGACUCUUCUGAAAUAAAAUUAGGAUGGAUUGGGGAGAUGAAUAUUCCCAUAAUUCUUUUGACCUACGCUGUUUGUUAAACUCAUUUCCUGGAGACUUGGAGUUUAAGCAGAUCUUCAGUGAUAUUGAUGAAAAGAUCGAACAAAAUGCAGUAAGCAUAGAACACUGCUUUAAGGAAAUACAGUCUGAAGUUCACAAACUACAUCCCGACGUGCAGCUGCAAACACCAGCAGAUUACUUUGAAUGGCUCAGUCACUAUAACUGUGAUGUGUCUAAGUCACCUUCCAUUCCCCAUGGAGAUGUGAGCAAAUUCCUCAGAACAGUGCAAGAUUUGUUAAAGAAUGAGCAAAAUCAAGAAGAAAUGAUACUGGAUUUACUGGGGGAGCUCUCCUGCCACAGCGGCGUCUCCUUGCCCUGGAGCCUGAGUGGGACAUCUUUCCAUUGCCUCUCCAGGACUUCCCUUCAUUCCGUGGAAGACCAUUCCCCUGUGGACGUCAAGUCUUUGUGGGAUGACAUAAGACUGCAUCUUCGACGCUUCUUAGUGAGCAGACUGCAGAGCCACAAUGAAAUACAUAAUUCACAACAAAAAAUCUCACUGAAAAGUCAGUGCCUACAGCAACUCUUGUUUCUUUAUCCAGAAUCGGAAGUUUUAAUCAAGUACCAAAGCAUACAGAAUAAAUUGUUGACUGGCCUCCUGCAGGACUGCCUUCCUUCUUACCGGAGAGAUUCAAAUUUAGCCGCAAUAGCUUGUGGCUACCAAAGCACAGUGCUCAAGUUAUACUUCAUGAUAGAAGAGGAUUUUAAUAUACUGUAUGAAAUUUUAGCUCCACUCUCAACAGUGAAAUUUGUUAAAGAAACUUACCUGGAUACUGUGACUGAAGAAAUGGCAAAAUUUCUUGAAAAUUUUCGUGGGCUGCAGUUCAGAGAAAGUGCUGUCGGUGUGGUUAAAGCAAGCAGGAGCUGCAGCAAGCACAGAGGAGCAGUGCAUGCUUUGGUCACUCCGGAAUGCCCACAGAAAGGAAAAAACUUCUGCCUUUCCUUGGAUGAACUCAGUUUCUUUGCACAGCUUAUAAAAUCCCUUUUGCAGCUGGAAAAAAAAGUCCAAGAAUUGUUUGAAGAAAUGUUUUUAUCAUUCAAAGUACCCAGGACUACUUCAGGGCUUCUGGAGAAAUCCUAUAAUGAAGUCUUAACAGGGAAACCGAGAGCAAUUGAAAGCAGGGUUCCUUUGGAACAAUUGCUUCCAUUAGAAGAGGCUACUUUACUGAAUUUUGACUGGAGAAGUGCGUUUAAGGAGUUGUCACUUCCCAUGGCAGACAGUAUAACCUCUGCCAUUGAAGACUUUUCAACAAAAAUUCUCCAAGAGGAACAGAAGGAGAGGUCUUCAGCUGUGAGCUACACCAUGAAGCUUGUAAACAUACAGCAAGCUUGGCAAGAGGGCCACGUGUUUCCUCAGGAGGAACAACCAAAGAAAAUUGCAAAGUUUUGUUCUGACAUCAUGGAAAAACUUGACACAAUGCUUCCACUGGCUCUGGCAUGCAGAGAUGAUUCUUUUGCGGAAAUUAGAGAAAACUUGGUGGAGGGCUGUUAUAAAGUGGCAACAGCUGUCCUGGCGAGACUGCGUGAGAGAGGCAAGGAGGUGCCUUCCACAGCACCCCUGAGGAACGUGCUGGCGCUGCUCUCCUCGGCAUUGUUCAUCCUGCAGCGCCUCACACAGUAUGACAGUCUGAUGAAAGAAACUACCAAACAACCCAUAUUCCUGGUGCCUGUCCAACGAUAUCAGGAAUUCAUCAACACUCUACAGUUUCAGGUUACGGACUACUGCGUCAGAGUUUGUGCUACAAGCAUUUUACAGGAUGCUGAGAGCCACCACUGGGAUGACUACAAAGCUUUUUAUGAGGGGGAGAGAUGCUCCUUCGCGCUCCAGAUGUGGCAUUAUUUCUGCUGGGCUUUACAUCAUGACCUCUGGACCAUCCUGCCCAACGCGUUAGCCCAGGAGAUCCUAGCGGAAGUGCUGGAAAAAUCCUUGGCUCUGCUGGCCUCCAGAUACGCUCGGGCCUGUCCCAGUUACAAGAGAACCCCCCAGAUAAGACUUGAUAUCACAACAAUUUUAAUUUGCACGGAGAACAUGUUAUGGUCAAUUUGUUCAUCUGUACAGCAACUUUUGAAUCCUCACCAACAUAGGGAUGAUAAAAUUUUUAAAAUUCAUAUCCACUGUAAUAAUCUUCUUACAACGCUAGUCAUUUUGACCUCACCCCUAACAGAACUAUAUAAGACGUUUCGGGAUGGCAUGGAUGAGUCGGCUUCUGAUUCCUUAAACUCAUUUUUUAAGCAACCAUUACAUUGGGUUUCUUGCCUUUCAUUCUUCUACCCUUCUUUACUCAGGACUCCAUCAGCUGGAGGCCUGGAAACCGAGGGUCAAUUGAGACUGCUCUUAUCCCAGCCAGGCUGUAAUUGGAACCUGCUCCUGGAAACGCUGCUGCAGUGUGAUGGUCUCUUACCGAGGAUCCUGCUCAAGGGCUCAAAACAAGUUUCUGACACGGAAAAUCACCUGCAAGGAUCCAGCUUGGUGGAAGCCAUCUUUAAAGUCCUGUACCACUGCAAUUUUUCUCCACAAACAUUUGGAAAUGUCUUUGUGAGCUACAUGGAAGAACACCAGUUAUGGGAGUUUUUACAUAACAUUCCAGUGUCAACAUGCACAGAGUCGGAGCUAGAGGUCAUCCGAUGCUUGAGGCUGGCGCUGACCGAGGCUGUCAAGGACAUUGUCCAGCAGACCGUAUCUGUGAUGACCUCUCGGAAAAACUGUGAGACAAACCCAACCAAGCCGUGUGUCCCUGAACGUUUGCUUGAGAGUAUUCCCCAAGAAUGCUGCUACAUUCCACGAGAGACCCAAAAGAAAGAACCGAGUAAAGGCUUCGCAAGGCUUGCUGCUGAGGCAGUAUCUAUUGUAAUCAGCAAGUUACCUACAGUGAUUGCAUGCUUGCCUCCCCCAAUUAAAUACUUCUUUUUUCUGUCUGAGAGAAAAAUGUCAAAAAACUUUGUUGAAUUGAAGAAAGCUGGCCUGCUUGUCUGGAACUUGAUUGUAAUUAUAUGUCGGAUAUUCGAAGAUGGGAACACCGCAGAACUUUUAACAGGUGCCUGCCUUGACAGAUGGAGCAAAGAGAAACUUGGUUUGAUUUGUGUGUGUUUGAAAAGCAUCAUGGGAGAGCCGAGCGGCCCUAAUCAGAUGGCCCAGAAGGUCAUCCAGAUCAUUGAGCAGCAGAAGCCCAACUGGAUCGAGCGCCAACUGUGGAAAGCAAAGAGACUGAGCGCUGAAUGUGCAACGAUGACAGCAGAGAAGAACCCAGCCUCGGAAGAAGGAGAUACUGCUCUUGAACUGACUGAGCAGAAAAUAAACACGACAGUCCUGGAUCUGUGCCACCAACCAGGUGGCAGCGAGUACCUGAGGCAAAUUUAUCACAUCAUGCGGCUCAAUGAGGAAUAUUUAAGACAACAGCUGUUUUCCAGAAAUGGUCCAGAGGAAAGGCCAUUAGGCAGUCCACCUCCGUGGAUGACCUUGAGGACUGAGGGGGACGAGCCUGUCUUUAACCCUUUCCACGUACACAAGGUGUUCAAUGAAAACAUGGUGGAUCAGGUGGCCAUCACAAAAUGGAACUGGAAUUGGUCAAAGUUGCUGCCAAAUUAUCUGGGACUGGGUAAGAUGACCUUCAGCAUCCUGCUCAAAAACAGGUAAGAAUUCUGGGGAUCUGGUUGAGCAGAAAGAU